AUGCAGGGCACCGCCGCGGCCGCCGAGGGGAGGAGCAGGGCGUCUCCUGACAAGGCCGUCGAGAGCUCUAAGAAGGCGCGGUUGGACCUGGCCGACGGACACAUGAAGCAAGAGGCGGCCGGUGCAGGAGAUGGAGGCCCCAUCGUCGGGGCGGCGUACAUCCCGCGAGUGGAACUUGCUGUGAGGAUCGACAAGCAAGUGCUCCACUGCCCCCUCUGCACCCUCCCCUUCAAGCCCCCGGUCUUCCAGGUUCCUCUCUCUGUUUCCUUCUUUAUUCCUCGAUUAGCAUCGGUGAAAGAUCGAUUCUUUCGUGCUAAUUUACGGGCCCUCUCCGAUUUGUGUGUCUGCCUGCAGUGCAAAGCGGGGCACCCGGCCUGCGGCGGCUGCGUGGCCCUGCUGCCCUUCGGGCAGUGCAAGGCGUGCGUGGACGGCGUCGGAUUCCUCGACCCCUGCCCUGCGUUUGAUGUCGUGGUGUCCUCCACCAGGAUCGGGUGCUCCAACGCCGGCUGCCAGUGGUACGUGACCUACCACGAGGUCGCCGAGCACCAGAAAGCAUGCCCGCACGCGCCCUGUCAGUGCACUGAGCCCGGCUGUAGCUACGUCGGCGCGGCACAGGCGCUCGCCGGUCACCUCCACACCGUCCACUUGGUGCCGGUGCGCGUCGUGCAGUACGGCAAGGUUAGCAAGCUUCAGCUACCGGUGUCGACCACGCGGCUGGUGCUCCUCGGCGAUGAUAACUGUGUGUUCCUCAUGACCAUGGGCGCGCUCGGCGCCGGCGUGACCGCCGUGUCUGUGGUGUGCGCCACGGCAAGAGCGGCGACGCGGCCGCGGUUCACGUGCAAGAUGUGGGUCAACCUGGAGCCACCCCCGGCAGCAGCGGCGAACUGCGGCAAGCAGGACAUGGUGCUUGUGGACAUGGACAUGAGGAGUAGCUCGUCACCCGGCCCCGUGGUUGCCGCGGGCGAGCCCACGUUCCUGACGGUGCCGCCAAUGUACCUGGUGCCAGCAGCAGGAGACGGGGCGUCCAUGGAAGUUCCCCUGCACAUCCGCAUUGAUAAGCUCUCCCCUUGGUCCGACACAUUGGUUUGA